AUGAUGUUACGCACUAUUAUCGCAAGCCGCGGCAUUUGCACAAGUGCUAGAUUGAACAAUAGCAUCAAGGAAUGCCUGAGAGAUGGACUCAAACAGUCUAUGAAAUCUAAAGAUUCUAACACAUCUACGGUUAUCAGAUCCCUACUCAGUGAAAUCGCCUACUCAGAGAAGGAAACGCCAGACUUGGAUGAAAACAAGACGAUAAAACUCGUCCAAAAGGCUAUCAUUAGACGCAAAGAGUCAGCAGAGCAAUAUCUCCAAGCAAAGCGUCAGGAUUUAGCAGACAAAGAGAACUUUGAUAUCUCAGUCUUAGAGAAGUACAUUCCCAAACCAUUUACCCAAGAGGAGAUGGUUGAAUUGAUAAACAACAUUCUCAAUGACGCUAAACUCAACGUAUCAGAAUUAGAUGGUAGAGCAAUGGGUCAGGUGAUCAAAGAUUUCACUGCUAAAGCAGCUGGACGCGCUUCUGGUGGUGAUGCAUCUAAACUUAUCAAACAAAUGCAAAAAAAAUAA